AUGCUUCUUGAAGGCGCUCGCUUGUCAUCACUGUCCGGCCUGCUACUACUACUAUCACAACAUCUCGCAACUGCUCAACCAGGACCUCUUCUAUCCUCAGUUCUCCAAGCCCGAGACACAGACAGGCCCAUACCAGGAGGACCUGUAGACACAACAUAUCUUCCCGCUCAGAUCGGUGGUAUAAUCGGAGCAUACGCCGUCUCAUUGGUGCUGGUCGCCAUAACAUUGCUUGCUCUAUCCAAGAAGCGUCGCGAGCAUAUAGCAGCCGGCCUAGACGAAGUCGAUUUUGCGGUACGCAAAGACAUUGUCAGCCCCGACUUUCCACAAGCAGUGCCCACGUCUCUGAACAUCAUCACCGACACCUCAUUCAUCAAGCCAAGCUUUCCGGAUUUGCAAGACGGCGCUAACCCGUACAUUCAACCAUCACCAAACUCGAGCAUCGGUGCACCCGGAACAAACCCUUUUGUGGAUCCUCGCGUUGUCGCAGUAGACAGAGUCAUGGCUCAAUCUCAACUUGAAGAUAUGUACAAGCAUGUACUGGAGCACGAGGAUGCAAAGAAGCGAGGACUCGUCUAUGAAGUCCCUCUUCCUCCCACUGCUCACCAUCAACCACGCCCUUCAGCCUCUGGUUCGGCCUUGUCCAUGAAGUCUUCAGUGUCGUCGCCGUUAAAGAAGGAAAGGAACAAACCGGCAACGCUCAACCUCUCGGCUUCUCGUGACGAAAAGACCCAGUCAAGAACCUCUUCGUUUCUCUCAGCUCUGCGAUCGCCCAAGAAGAAGGCGAUGAAGGGCAUGAGCAUCUCAUCCCCUCUCAUGACCCCUCAGACCGGCGAAUUCCCACGCCAAGACUACCAAGAGAUGAACACGAUCCCUCCUCGACAAUAUGCCCCGGCCGCUCCGCCUCCGGUCCCCACUAACCAGGCCCCAUACGGAUCCCCGACUGUCCCGGGCAAGAUCCAUUCGUCGCUUCCAACCCCGGACAUCUCGCCCGAGAGUGUUUUGAGCAUCGAUGAGCGCAUCGGAAACCAGCUACCUCCUCCUGGUCACCACCGACAGGUAUCUUACGCGCCUUCGGAGCGUGAUCCCGAGUCUGCUACUUCGGAGCACUCCCAGGUGCCGCUGGUCGGUCUGCCAUCGUCUCCCAAGCCUGGUGCGCGAUUCCCAUCUCUCCCCGCGUCGCCCAAGCCUGGUCAGACCUUCCAGCGCUCCAACGCGCCUACAGCUGUCCGCACCGGUGGUUCUCUGCCGUUGCGUGCUUACGAGCCGGCGCUGGCGUCGCCCAAUACCAUUGCCCAGACUACCAAGCAGACCGUGUUUGAGAGAAAGGGUCCGCUAUCGCCUAGUGGAGCAAUGACUCCUUACACAGCUGGUGCAGUGCCAUACUCACCUUACCAACCCUUCACACCAUGUAUGCCAGUGACACCGUCACUCAUCACCAAGGAGGACCGAAAGAGGAUGAGACGCAUGGUGCCCAAGACACCAACGCUGGAGAUGGUGCAGAGCUCUGAUGAUGUUUGGUAA